GGUUUAGACUCAUCCCAUCCUUGCCUGGGCUCUGUGAACAGGGAACUCAAGCAUGGAGAAGGAGUGGGGAUUACUUGACUUCCUUGUUCUGUCAUUAUGUUUUCUUGUCAGCAAUGGCCAAAACAUUGUCUGUACACAGGAGACAGUGGCUGACAUUGUAUUCCUGGUGGAUGGCUCAACCAGUAUUGGGGAGACGAACUUCCAACAAAUCCGUGAAUUCAUCUCCUCGCUUGUAGAGAAAUUUGAAGUUGCUCCUGACAGAAUCAGGAUCGGUUUGGUCCAGUACAGUGACACACCGUAUACUGAAUUUUCGCUCAGCACUUACCAGAACAAAGAGGAAAUUCUCAGCUACAUCCAAAAUCUUCAUUAUAAAACCGGCGGGACGCAUACUGGCAAGGGUUUGGAGUUCAUGCUGAAACAACACUUUGUUGAAAAGGCUGGAAGUCGAGCACAACAGAAUGUUCCUCAGAUUGCCAUUGUUAUCACAGACGGUGACUCUCAAGAUGAGGUCGAGUCACAGGCUCAGGAUCUGAGGCAAAGGGGAAUCAAAAUAUUCGUCAUAGAGAUCAAAGAUGCAAACAAGGUAUUACUGAGAAAGAUCGCGAGCGAGCCGUAUGAUCAGCAUGCCUACAGCGUAUCAGACUUUGCAGCUCUGCAGGGAAUCUCUCAGAGUGUAAUCCGGAAAGUGUGUACCGCUGUAGAGGAAGCACAAAAAGAGGUCACCCUGAUGUCAAAAGGUUGCACCGAAACUGCUCAGGGAGAUAUUGUGCUCCUUGUUGACUCGUCUGGUAGCAUUGGAGAGAGUAAUUUCGAAGAAGUGAGGAAGUUCCUCCAUUUUUUUGUGGACAGUUUUAACCUUAAACCCGACAAGAUGAGAGUGGGACUUGCUCAAAAUGAUGAUGUGGAGGAACCUUCCCAGAGACUAAGAAUCCUAGGAGUUUCCAUCUUUGUCAUCAGGGUGGGAAGGGGCAACAUAGAAAAACUGCGUACCAUUGCUAAUACCCCACAUGAAGAGUUCUUAUUCAGUAUCGACAGUUAUCAAGGACUGCAAGGUCUAAAAGAAAGUCUACGCAACAAAGUGUGCUUUACUGUGACGGUUCAGUCAAAAGCUUUUGAGCCAAAAUUUGCUGAUUUCUUCAUAUUGGUUGAUAGUUCAGCAUCUAGACAAGAGCAGCAAAUAAUAAAGAAAUUCCUCUCAAGACUGAUCCAGCAGCUCAACGUGGGAAAUAAUACUAAUCGUGUCAGCCUGGCUCAGUUCAGCGAAAAUGUCAAAGAGGAGUUCCUGCUAAAUACUGAUAAAACCAAGAAUGAGAUUUUGUCAUAUAUUCAGAGCCUGACACUGAGGCCUACAGGGGAGCGUAGAAUUGGCAAUGCAAUUGAAUAUGCUCAUAAAAAUUUCUUCAGUAAUGUCUCUGGAAGCCGUGUCUCUGAAGGCUUUAAGCAAUUUCUGUUAGUCGUUUCAGCUGGAGAAUCUGCCGAUGGUGUCGUCCAAGCAUCCCGCACAAUCAAAACAGAUGCAGUGACAGUUUUUGCUGUUGGCUUGAACAAAGCUGAUGUAGAUGAGAUGAAGUACAUCUCUAGUCAAUCACACAGCUACAAGUUAGUAGGUAACAUCCCACAAGUGCAACAGAAAAUUACAUCUGCCAUUGCCACAUGGGAAGAUGCUGCUGUCGCAAGGGAGUGCAUGUUUGACGAGGUGGCAGAUAUCGCUUUUAUUGUUGAUCAGUCCGGCAGUAUCAGAUCCAAAAACUUCCAACUUGUGCGCAACUUUCUCAAGAACACCAUCGGAGGUCUCGAUGUAGGUGACGGAAAAAUAAAAAUAGCUGUGGUUCUCUAUAGUGACUUCCCUCGAGCGGAUGUGAACUUCAACACCUCCAAUGAUAAGACUGACAUCCUGCGCUACAUCAGAAGCAUGCCAUAUGGUCGUGGUAAAACAAACACUGGAGCUGCUCUCAAGUUUGCCAAAGAGCAUGUGUUCACC